UGGUUUCGGCGCGGGGGCGUGGUUAACCGGCUGGGGCGGGGCGUUCGCGGCCCCGCCCCCUCACCGGGAUCGCCGGUCCUCCGGGCCGCGCAGGGGCGCUGUCGGCGCGGUGCCGCGGGCGCGCGCACGUGUGUCCGGUACCGGGAGUCCCCGCGCCAUGUUCGCGGAGCGGGACUGGAACGACGCGGCGGAGCCGGUGCCCCGCGGCGCCCCCGAGGGCCCGGGACGGCCGGGCUUCGCGGCGGGGAAGCGACGGCUGCCGGGGGCCGGCCUGGACGGCGAGGCGACGCGGAAGCGGCCCCGGGGGCGGAGGAAGGCCGGCGUGCCUCGGGGUGCGGCUGGGGAGCGCCCGGCCGGCCCCGGCGAGCCCCGGGAAAACUUGCAGCGCCCGGACGCAGACGGCCUGGCUGAGCCGCCGGCGGAGCUGAGCCGGAGGCAGCGGCGGAACCGGCAGAAGAAGCGGCAGCGGCGGCAGCAGGAGCCGGCGGCGGCGCCGGGCGAGGAACGGGGCUCGGGGCCGGGCCCCCCGGAGCCGCCGGGUCCCCCGGAGCCGCCGGGCCCCCCGGAGGCGCCCCCAGAGCCCCGCUCGGGCCGCUCGGCCGCGCUCCGCGCGCGGAUGGAGGAGCGGCUGCUCGGCGCCCAGUUCCGGUACCUGAACCAGCAGCUCUACACCGGCAGCAGCCGGGACGCGGCGCGGCUCUUCCGCGCGGAUCCCGCCGCCUUCCAUCUGUACCACCGCGGCUUCGAGCGCCAAGUGCGGCGCUGGCCCGAGCGGCCCGUGCAGCGCAUCGUGCGCUACCUGCGCCGCCGGCCGGCGUCGCUCGUGGUGGCGGAUUUCGGGUGCGGGGACUGCACGCUGGCUGCCAGCGUCAGGAACCGGGUGCACUGCUUCGACCUGGUGCCGCUGAGCCCGCGGGUCACUGUCUGUGACAUGGCCGAGGUGCCGCUGGCAGAUGAGUCAGUGGACGUGGCUGUGUUCUGCCUGGCGCUGAUGGGCACCAACCUGCAGGAGAUCCUGGGGGAGGCCAACCGCGUGCUCAAGUUGGGGGGGACCCUAAUGGUGGCCGAGGUGGCCAGCCGCUUUGAGGACAUCCGCACCUUCCUGAAGGCCAUGGCACAGCUGGGCUUCAGAACAGUCUCCAAGGACCUCUCCAGCUCCUACUUCUACGUGCUGGAGUUCGCCAAGACGGGCCCGUGCCGGGCGGGCCCCGCUCCGGGGCUGCGACUGCGGCCCUGCCUGUACAAGCGGCGGUGAUGGGGGCGGGGCCGCCGGGGCUGGCCCCGCCCCCGGGCUGGCCCCGCCCCCUCGCGCGCUCACCACCAAUAAAGCCGCUGUUUCCGCUC